AUGAUAGCAAAAACAGUAUUGAAGAAAAAAGGUACAACGCCAAGUAGAUAUACAGGUCCACCAUCGGCCUAUGAAGGGACGUAUUAUAUGUACAUAGAGGCAUCUCCUCCGGCCCAGGAAAAUAACAUUGCUAGGUUAAUAUCUAGACAAUCAUUUUCAACAUGCUUAAGGUGUUUAAAGUUUAGCUACCAUAUGUACGGUACAGCUGUAGGAUCUCUUAAUAUUUACCAUGGAGACCAGAAGUUGUGGACACAAUCUGGUAGUCAUGGAGAUGUGUGGAAUACAUUAUCACUAGAAGUAGAUGGUGCUGUGGACAAACAUAUAAUAUUUGAAGCAGUGCGCGGAAGCGGAGUAACUGGCGAUAUAGCUAUCGAUGAUAUACAUUUUAGUCCAGGGGGUUGCAAAUAA